AUCUAAUCACACAUUUAACUGUAUCAGCAGCUCUAGUCCCAGGGCACACCAUACAAUUCAAGAAUGUAUAUCCACAGGUCUGUACUCCUCAACAAAGAUUGUAGCCCCACGUUAAUUCAUUUGCAACUGUCUGAACCCUCGAAGAUGGUGCCAUGCCUGAAAAUCAAAUGAUGAAUUAAUACAUUGAAUCCAGCACUAAUCAACCAACUAGGCCACGUGCUUAUGUCCGAAUAUAACAUAGAAAAUGACCUAUUACAUGUAUUCCCUAUUCACUUAACGUGUGUUUUUACGAUUCUAGUUUCUGCAACUCUAUUCAAAAAGUCCUGAAUUUAACAUUUUUUCGAUAAUUCGCCACUUAUGUUCUGGAUCUUUGAAAUAGCUGACUAUUUUAACUCCGGAAUAUGCCCUGACUUAUGAUUCUAAUCUGGUCUGCAGGCGCAGGUGGAAGGUUCACUGCAUCCUGUCAUAGGUAAAUCUUGGAGUUUACUGGAGCUAGAGUAACAUGUUGACUAUUAAUGCUGCUAGAAGAGUAAUACGAACACCUAGUCAAUCUUACGCAAGGAAUGUUAUCCUAUGCUAGUAAUGGUUGAGUUGACACUGUAUUUUAUUUGUAAGAUUAUAUCUAAAUUAAACCCCAAACUUUCGAAGGAUUAACGACCAAUGAUUUUGCAAAACGUUUGUGUUGUUAAAUUGCUUUCUGUGUUUGUAAAUUUAUCUGCAACUUAUUUAUAACCCUUGUAUUUACGCCUUCAGUUUACAAAUCAGUGAAACACAAAUAUAGUAUAUGUUUGCUAUGUACAUGCAAUAUUGUAAUCUAGAUAAAUGUUAGCGAUUCUAGGAUUAUAAUACUCAUUAAUGCAUCCAUCAAUGACCGCCAUAGGGCUGUUGGAUAUCAGAUGUUAAUUUAGGUAAUCUAUCCUUAUUUAUGACAGAUCCUUAAAACACAUGUUUUAGUAGUUGCCGGCUAUGUCUUCUCUAAUAGCUAAGUAUCAUGGCUCUGCAGACUCUCCUAAUGUUGAUCUUUCCAUGAAGCUCUUCGUUGGGCAGGUUCCUAAGAAUAUGGAAGAGAACGAACUUCAGCCCUAUUUUCAGAAGUAUGGUCCAAUAUCGAGUGUUAAGGUCUGCCGUGAUCGAGAUUCAAAGAACCAUAAAGGUUGUGCCUUCGUGACUUUUGAGAAUCUAGAUCAUGCUGACGAAGCUUUACAUGAAAUGCAUGAUAGAGUAGCACUGCCUGGUGCAAAGAAAGAAAUGCAGAUUAAACCAGUUCACAUUGAAGACGAAAAGAAAUUUGAGAAAAGAUUAUUUGUAGGAAUGAUUUCCAAAUCAUUGACCACCCCAGAAUUGGAGGACAUGUUUUCAAAGUUUGGAGAAAUUUCGGACUGCAAUAUUUUGAACUCUCAGGACAAAACCAGUCGUGGAUGUGGGUUUAUCAAGUUCGAAAAAGCUAGUAGCUGUCUGCUUGCUAUUAAAGAGGUACAUCACAGCCAGACUAUGGAUGGUUGUAACUCUCCCAUAGUUGUGAAGCACGCUGAUAGUCCAGCAGACAAGAUGAAACGUCAGGCAGGACCAGGAUAUGAGGAGAGGCCAAGUAAAAGACCCUUCAUGCCUCAAGGUCCAGGACCAUACUCCCAACCUCCUCCACCGCCUCACUUCAACCACCCUCCACCACCACCAGCUCAACAGAACUCCACUGCAAUGGCCCUAAUCAAUGCCUUCACUCCGCUUCUAGCCACAGUUGCUGAGCAAAACAGUCCUGGCACAACCAAAAUGCUUGUCAAAUCGAUUGAAAUUGCACUGAAUGCUCUGCAACAUGAGAACAGUCCAUCCGCCCACACAGCUCUUGUUUCAAUUGCAAGUAACCUCUCUGUCGCUGUAGCCAACAACCUCUCUCGUGCCCAACCUCCAAGCACUUACAACAGUGCAGCUUACAACGCGAGCGCCGGAGACUACAACCAGAACAAUACUCAAGAGUAUCAGCAGUACAACUACCAGUACCAAAGUCAAGGAAGUGGUUACUCCGGCACUGGAUCUUACUAUAACAACCAGCAGCCCAAUGGUAAUCACCACCAACAUUACAACUACUCCAGUAGACCUAACUGAUGAGAUACCAUGCCGAAACUAACAGUGGAGUAUAAAAAACAAGCAGUCCCAGCGUUUAUUGCAAGAUUUAAAGCAGAAACUGGCUAUCAAGAGCAUGAUAUAAAGGAUAAACAUGGAGAUUUGGACGACGACGGCAAAGAAUUGAAAGAUCGAGACGAUGAGCGACCACAAGUAGUUCAACUGUCACAGAAUGAUAUGACAGCUGAGGAAGCGAAACAGCACUGGGACAAGGAAGAGGCAUCUGGAAAGAAGACUGACGAUCUCAGUGAAGGAAAGGAACAAGAAGAAGAAAUCGAGGAGCCGUGGGACGGAAAAUUUAAAUUCAGGAAAUCAACGAAACGUCCAAGUACUGAAUUAGACUUCAAUGUCAGUAAAAAGAAGAAAUCUGCCGACAGAAAGAAGGAGAAGAAGGAGAAAAAGAAGGGUGUUAAAAACAAAAUGCUACUGUCAUUUGGUGAUGAUGAGGAAGAAGAAGAGGAAGAAACUUGAGGACGGAUGAAUGGACUUUAGAAUUAAUGUCUUCGACAAUUCUUUCAAGAAUACUUUAAAGAAAGAUAAAAAUGAAAUUGAAAAGUCGUCAGACGGUGAAAUAAAUGAUGGAGAAAUGAUCAAUUGAGCAAACUAAAGUUUCUUGUGGAAUCUACUGCCGUUAUUGAGAGCUUGCAGAUCCGAAAUUGAAUACUUGCUACCAAGCUGAAUGUUCGAUUUAUUAGCUUCAAGUUAGGGGUCCCACAUGAAAUGAACCUUAAAUAAAGAACAAGCCCCCGGAUCUCAGCUACAACUAUGACGUCACCUAUCUAAAGAUGACGUCAGAACAUGGUGUCACAGGAAGGAUAUCAGGGUUACGUCUGGAAGUGGACUAAUUACUUUGGGGGUUGGCAACAAAGGUGGUUUGUACUGAAAGGUGGCUCGCUGACCUACUACAAGGAUGCUAACACGACAGACACAGGUUGUAGAGGUAGCUUCAAACUAGAGGCCUGCAACAUUGUAGUGCAUCCUGUAGAUCCCCUGAGGUUUGACCUGACAACAUCAUCCCAAAGAAUCUACCUGAAAACCAACACAAAACCCUGCCGUCAACGCUGGAUAAUACAGCUCGGCACAACAAAAGCAAACAUAUCAGAAGAAAUGCCAGAUGUAGCAACAGUAACACUGUCCUCGUUUAACGAACAUAAAACAGAACUGAAAACUGUAAGGUUACUACUCUCCGAACAGAUCGAUGAGAUCUACAACAUUUGUAAUUCUGAGGAAAUCGACAAGGAUAUGUUGAAACAAAGCCAAGCCAUGGUAAACGAACUGUGUGAAGAGUUCAUGAAAACACUGGACUCGUGCACCAACAACAUGAUCGGAGAUCACAGAGACUGCUCGACUCCGUUAGUUAACCGUUCCGCUUCUCAAAGCUUCAGCGAGCCCAACCAGCUACUUUCUCUGGGUUCAUACGUUCCUCCUAGUAGACAGAAUUCCGGGAUGUCCAACGCGAGCUCUGAGAAUUUAGGGCCUGAUGUUUUGUUGGAUCGGAGUAGUCCGGAUAGAUCUUCAAGUCGGACCUCCGGAGAUUUCCACGCGGCGGGUAUUAAACGCGCGGAAAAGUUGCCCAGCACUUACUUUCUUAGUAUUGCGGACAGGUUCGAGGAUUUGUAUUUGAAGGCGGACGCUAUCCCUACUGUAGCUUUUCUUGAUGCGUGUGCUGCUAUUCCCAAACUACUGAUAACAGUGGGGGGUAAAGCUGUGAUAACCCUUUCUAUAGACAUCUCCAACAAUAUCAGCAAGAUACAGACAAAACAGAAACUACAUCCCAGUAAAUCAGAGACUCUCCAGUCUAUGAUACAUCUGGAAAUAGGAACCCAGACAACGCACGCUAAGCACAGUGCUACAACAGCCCUGCUCUGGCUACAGAGGGAGCUGGCGUUUGUUAAGGAGCUACUGAUAGCCAUUGCUGAGACUCAAGGAGUGUCUGAUAUGUCCGCAAAGUUUAUAGAAUGCUACGAGAGAACACUGAGGGCACACCACAACAUGAUGUCACGGAGUGUUUAUACUGUAGCUGCUAAAGCUAUUCCUUACAGAGAGGAUAUGUUGCGGGCACUAGGACACGACGGUUUGGCUCACACAGACACAGCGGUUUUCACCGACCUACACACGUACGGUAACGCAAUAGGGACUGUUGUCAAAUACAUCGAAACAUUUUAUAUUAACAACAAACUCCUCGCCUGAUCUUGAGAUGAUAGGGCACGUGAUAGCUUUCAGCCAAUCAAGGUAGAUGUGAGUCAUGUGACUAGCAAGGGCCCGGGUUCCCUGAUAAGAAGGAUCAAAAAGUGGAAAUAAUUCUACCUCUAUAUUUUAAUUUGCCUGAAUGAUGGCUCACUUUCUUUAUUCGAUAACUUUCUUAUAAAACAUUUCUGUUUAAAACGAAUGAAUCACUGUACAAAUUAUUUUUCAUGUUUGCAUGUAUUUAAAGGCCGCGCCUUAUAUCACACUAUUUUCAUCGUUUUUUAUUAAGUUUAUUUGCUUUUACGAAAUAUAUUUCUUUGAAUGAUUCUCUUUGGUAAAACAUGUACAUUUUUUGUGAAUUGCAUUUAUGUAAAAAUUGUGAACUGAACAUUGUGCAUAAAAUCUCGAAUUGAAAGUAUAUUACAGUUUUAUCAGAUCUUCUGUAAUGUAAAUGAUAAUUUAGAUUUUAGUUUGACAAUUUAAUGUUAAUUCACUUGUAAUUGUAAAUUGUAAACGUAGUUUUUCGUUAUCAGUUAACACUUGUUAUCUAACUUUCGUUAAAUUGACGGUAGUUAUUUGUAUUAAAUGGGGAAGUUUGUGAAUGUUUGUUACCCAUCUGUAAUUAAACGUCAUGCUAUUUCAAGAAAAUGGGUGUGUGAAUUGAGUAAUACUAUAGCUUGGAAAAAAGAAAGAUUAAAAAAACUACCAUUGAAGAAGAGGUAAAUAAUUGAUUGUGUCUUGACCUGUGCUUGAAUUGUUUGCAUCGAUAAUUGUAAUAGAUUAAGUUUACUUCUAGUGCUCUUUCAGAUAAUCACUUAAAGUUUCAAAUGAGUUUUGUGUUAUCAA